AUGAAUAGCAGUGCAAAAUCCCUUUAGCCAAUUAACGAGUGCUAAUAAAUAUUUAGUUAAACAAUUAAUUUUAGCAGUAGAAAUUCUUUGAAUACUUCUUAAAAUAACCAUAAAAGAACCUUAAGUUUAAAUGGAAAAGAAAAUAAUAGUAGUAAUAAGAGCAACAAAAAGUAGAGUGGAUUUAAAAUUUUCAAGAAAUCAUCCUAGAAUAGUACUCUUCAAAAUGAAGAAUGUGAUAAUUCUUAUUUGGAGAAUUCUUUUUGUGGUUCUUAAAAACCUAAUGAGAAUAUAAAUAAUUCAUUCAAAAACUAGCACACAUCUGUCUUAGAAUUAGAUCAUUUUAGUCAUAAUUUACCUUCUACUAUUCCUCAAAACAAAUCAUCAAAUUUACUAAAUGUUGAAGUAAACAGCUUUAAUGAGAAUUUGAAUUGCUCAAAUAACUUUGAUGGAGUCUUUAAGUAAAUUGAUUUGUCACACUAUCAAUCAUAGCUCUCAAAUCUUUAAUCUAAAAUAUAAACUCUAAAUGAAAUAAAUAUAAAAGAAUCAGCUGAAUUCGGAGGUAAUUUAAAGAAUAAAAUAGCUGAAAUUAAUUGUAAAGCAAACAAGAAUGGGACAUUUAACGGACUGAAUCUAAUUAGUAACUUAAACAAUAAUUAUUAAAAUAGCUUCUAUAGUGAUAAAGAAAACUAUUAGUCUUAAAAUUUUUAAAGAGAGGAAAAAAAUGUAACAAUCAGUAAAAUUUUAGAGAGAAUGAAUUAAAGAUUUGAAGAAAUUGAAUAAAAAAUGGAUAAUCUAAUCUAGUAAAAUUAAAGAAAUAAAUCAUAAUAAGAAGAUCAUGCUAAUUCCUAAGUUAGAAUGCAUAAUUAAAUUGAUUCUAGUGUUAUACAAAAACUCAACGAAAGGAUUGAGAAAUUAGAGUAGAAAAUGCAAAUCUAUGAUUGCAGCUUCCUUAAUUAUAAAAAAUAAAUAGAAAUAAACCUAUCAGAUUUUUAGUAAAUUGUUUAAAAAUCUUUAGUAUAGUUUAUGGAGAAAUCUGAGUAGAUAGAGAAAAAGAUGGGGAUCGUUUAAAUAAAAAUUUCAAAUGACUUAGUAAUAAAGCAAAAUUACGAAAGCAUUAUUGAAAGAUUAAACAAAAUAAAUUAAGAUUUCAAUGAUAGAUUUUCUUAAGCUGAGUCUUAAACUCACAGAAAAGAGGAACAAAUUAGUAUGGAGGUUUAUAAUCAUUCAGAAAGACUAAAUGCUCUUGAAAGAGAGAUUAAUAAAUUUACUAAUACACUUGGUGACUCAAUAGAUAAAAAUAGCAAUUACAAGUGGUUGAGCGAUGAAAUAAAUUAUGUUAAAAACAGGCAAGUUUAAUUUUUAUCAAUGCUUAUGGAGAUCUCCACACUUGUAGGACUAAAGUGA